AUGUUCGAAGCCAACAAGGCGAAAAUGCUUGCCGCCAAUCAAUCCGCUGCCGUACAGAACACGAACGCGAACGCGAACGCGAAUCGCGUAACGUUGCAGGGUCAAAUAUUUGCCAAUAAUCAAAAUUCAAUUUUGAAUAUUGUCAAUAAGAUAAAUUUAAAUUCGAAAUUGGGGGAUAAAAAAGGAGUUGCGAACAUUCCCGAGAAUAAAAAGGUGAUAGACGAGGAGAGUCAGCGGGGACGAUUCGGUUGGGUGACGUUGGGAAAAGCUUUCAUACCCUACAUCAUACGACAGGGCGAACAGUACACGGCCGUUCGCAUGGUCGAAAGUAAAUUGCUUAAUAAAUAUUUAAGUUACUUACACCCGGACAUAUAUAAUUGCACAUGUAUACGUAGCUACUACAUAACGGAUGCGGAAGCUCGAGUUUUGAACGAAAUAAACGUUCGGCAUUGCGACGCGCAAUUCGGUCGGGAUCACUUUACAAACAAGGAUUUGGUGGUGCGGUUGCAAGACGCAGCGGAAUUUUACAAUUUUCUGGACGUUUGCUACAACAAAUUGGUACUCAGUUCGAACAAUCCGAGAGACAAAUGCGGGUUCAUAAGGAUAAACGGUGAAAGUGUCGUGCCCUAUACCAUACGAAACAGUAACAAGUACGUUCCGUUGUUUUAUUUCGAGGGUGAAACGGACAGUUUGAAAUUGAAAGCGGAAAAACUCGAGGGUUGGGAUUUGGCUUAUUUGAAAUUCUGUUGCAAAGUUCAGGGUAUAAAAAACGAACUUUUCUCAAGCGAUACGUGCAGUGUGAUAAGUUUAAACGACAUAAAAAGUUAUUUUCCCGCGGGCACGUCGUUCGAAGACUACUGGCCGAGCAAAGUCAUCGACAGUCAACUCCUCAUAACGUCGAAAAAUCAAAAUCCGUAUCCGAGUUGGACCAAACAACCCGCGGGAACUUUGCCACCCUCCGUGACCAAACCCGUUGCUCCCAUUCAAAGAAGCGUUCCCGUGACGCACACUCCGCCGAUGGCGGGAACUCCGGGACCUCACGGAAACCUUCCCGCGGCCGUCAUAAACGGAUGGGCGGCUGCCAAUAUCAUUAGCGGACAACAGUAUCAAGCCAUGGUAUCGCAGCAGAAUAACAUCGUUCGCAUGGCCCAAGCUCAGUCGCUUCAAAACAACGUGAGUUUCCGAUGUUGUCGAUUGUUUUCUUCUUACCCGACCGAUUUUUGUUUUUUUUUUUUUUUAACGGGGGACGGGGAGGUUCCCCAAAUGGGAAUGGUUCAACAACCGCCACCUCCUCUAGUCAGAGCUACUCUUGCCCAAAAUAUACCGAUAGGAACGCCGACGUACACCAAUACUACUAGUGUUCCUGGAACUCUUCACGUUUUACAGUCGGAUAGGUCAAAUCGCAUAGCAUAUGCGGCCAGCCUAUUGAGAAACACGCAAUCCACGAGAAGUAGUUCAAAUCAACAAAAGAGUAACAAUUCCGUUCAAAUGCAAACGUACGGGAGCAACGCGAAACCUCCGCCGCCGUUGAUACCCGUAAACGGUACGAGCAGAAGUGUUCCUUCAAAAGAAAGUUCCGGAAGCAAAAAACUUAUACAAAUAAUCGAAAUUCCACCACUGGGAAGUCAGGCACCCUAUCAGGUAAAAAAAGUAUUAGUCGAUAACAAAAUGGUUCCUUGCAUAAACGCCAAACCAUAUAUAUACUCUGACCUCCUCAUGACGCUUCCUGAUCUCGUCAAGCAUUUUUUUCCAAAUACUCCGGUCGGAGGCGUGCAGAAAAUUUUGCAGGAAGUUUUACUUGUAAAUUUGUAUAAAGGAAACAGAUCGCAAAUGGAAACUCUUCGACUGGCGGGAAAAUGCGUGUCCGAGACGGAAAAUCUUCCUUUGAUUCAAGUCCGAGACGUGAUGAAAUACAUGCCGCAAAUGAAAUACGUUUUGGAACAUAAUAAAAACGAUCCGGUUGCAAAAAGGCAAAGGACGAGCUAG